GGAAACAUGAACACGAAGCUUAUCUUAGUUGCUACCUUAUUAUUCUUCGCGGUUGCUUUCGCAAUCGAAGAAGAAGCUCCUGAACAAAAUGAAGUCUCGGCUAAAGAAACCGAAAUGCGUGAUGUAGAUGAAGAAGAUCUAAAGGCUCUUCUGGAAAGCGAUAUCGAUGACGAAGUGAAAGCCGAAGUCGUUAAGAAGGCUUGGUGGUGGAGUCGCCGUCGCCGUCAUGUUUACCGUCGUCGCCGAAGCGUAAGCUCUAUAGUCAACAAAAUAAGCAAUUCCUUCAUUAAUUCAUAA